AUGGGGUCAUUUUGGCUGUGGCUGAUAGUAACCGAGGUCCUGCUCCCUGUACCUUGUCAGCCAUUUCCUGCCCAAGGAGAGAAGAGUCUGGGGGUGCCUCAACCAGCCAGUCCCCAGCUCCUGGAGCCAGCACCCGCCUAUCACAAGGUCACUCCCACCAUCACUAAUUUUGCUUUGCGUCUAUACAAGCAGCUAGCAGAGAAGGUACCCGGAAACGUGCUCUUCUCCCCCGUGAGCCUCUCUAGCAUUGUGGCUCUUCUCUCUCUUGGGGCAUCUGCUGACACCCAGACUCGGAUGCUGGAGAGCCUGGGCUUCAACCUCACGGACACCCCAGCCCCUGACAUCCACCGGGGCUUCCAGAGCCUCCUGCACACACUUGACCUGCCCAGCUCCAAACUGGAACUGAAAGUGGGACAUUCCCUGUUCCUAGACAGGCAGCUGAAGCCUCAGCAGCACUUCCUGGACAGCGCCAAGGAGCUGUACGGAGCGCUGGCCUUUUCUGCCAACUUCACGGAUGCAGGUGCCACAGGGCAGCAGAUCAAUGACUUGGUGAGGAAGCAGACCUACGGGCAGGUGGUGGGAUGUCUCCCAGAGUUUGGCCAUGACACCUUCAUGGUUCUCUUGAACUACAUCUUCUUCAAAGCCAAGUGGAAGCAUCCUUUUGAUCGCUACCAGACCCGGAAGCAGGAGAGCUUCUUCCUGGACCGGAGGACGGUGCUCCGCAUCCCUAUGAUGCGGCAGAAGGAAAUGCACAGGUUCCUGUAUGACCAGGAAGCAUCGUGCACUGUCCUUCAGAUUGAGUACAGCGGCACAGCCCUGCUGCUGCUGGUCCUCCCUGACCCUGGGAAGAUGCAGCAGGUAGAGGCCUCCCUCAAGCCAGAGACGCUGAGAAGGUGGGGCCAGCGGUUCCUGCCCAGUCUGUUGGAUUUGCACCUGCCAAGGUUCUCAAUUUCUGCAUCCUACAACCUGGAAGAGAUCCUGCCCCUCAUUGGUCUCAGCACCAUGUUUGACGUGGAAGCUGACCUAUCAGGAAUCAUGGGGCAACUCAACAAAACUGUCUCCAGGGUGUCACACAAGGCUACAGUGGACAUGAAUGAGAAGGGAACGGAGGCCGCAGCUGCCUCUGGUCUCCUUUCCCAGCCCCUGUCCCUGAACAUGACGUCAGCCCCACAUGCCUAUUUCAACAGGCCCUUCCUGCUCCUCCUCUGGGAGGUGACCACACAGAGUCUGCUCUUCCUGGGAAGAGUUGUCAACCCAGCUGCCAUGUAACUGGUGCGAGGCCACGGGAUGGCUACCCAGCCUGCACUGCAGGACCCCUGUAGAACAGGUUUUCUUUGGGGCCGUCAACCAGCUUCCAAAUAAAGACACGGAAACUUAAUACUAA